CCUUAUAAAGGGACUCUCUCACGUUGUGGCUUGGAAAUUAGAGCACAUUGCCUAAAAUUGAGGUCUCCACAUACACACUCACACACACGCAGAGUCACCGAGAGCCGCUGCCGUGAACUGGAUGAACGUUGAGGAAAUGAUCAGCUGGGCCGAAACGCCUCUCUUCUGGGUCGGUGCAUUCACUGUGGCCUCCCUGACGCUGUGGUUGCUCUACAGGCUGCUCACAGGCUUUAGGAUCUGGGUUUUGGGAAAUGGACAGCUGCUGUCUCCGAAGCUAGGCAAAUGGGCAGUUGUGACAGGAGCCACAGAUGGAAUCGGGAAAUCCUAUGCGGAGGAGUUGGCUCGUCGAGGAUUUGCCAUGAUGUUGAUCAGUCGUUCUCAGGAGAAGCUGGAUGAUGUGGCCAGGUCAAUUGAGGAGCAGUUUAAAGUGGAGACCAGGACUAUUGCUGUUGACUUUGGCAAGACUGACAUCUACUCGAAGAUUGAGGAAGGUCUGGUUGGUCUGGAGAUUGGAGUUCUUGUUAACAAUGUUGGUGUGUCUUACCCCUACCCGGAGUACUACCUCCACAUUCCUGAUCUGGAUAAUUUCAUCACAAAUAUGAUCAACGUCAACAUGACCUCAGUAUGCCAGAUGACCCGUCUUGUGCUACCAAGAAUGUGUGAGAGGUCCAAAGGUGUUAUCCUAAACAUCUCCUCUGCCAGUGGCAUGUACCCAUUGCCUCUGCUCACUGUCUACUCUGCAACUAAGGCGUUUGUGGAUUUCUUCUCUCGUGGCCUUCAGGAGGAGUACAGACGUCAGGGGAUCCUCAUCCAGAGCGUGCUCCCCUUCUUUGUGGUCACUAAAAUGACUCGUAUCAAGAAACCCACCUUGGACAAGCCCACCCCAGAGCGCUAUGUAGCAGCUGAGCUCACCACUGUGGGUCUGCAAAGCCAGACCAAUGGCUACUUCCCUCAUGCUGUCAUGGGCUGGGUGACCACCAAGCUGGUUCCAACCAGCAUUGUUAUCUUCCUGGGAGCCACAAUGAACCGCCUGCAGCGUACGGGAUACCUGCAGAGGAGGAAACUGCGAGAGCAGAAGAACGGACAGAGUUUGAAAACUGAAUAGGACUGUGGCUGAUGACGCUGCCAGCAGCCACAUUGUUGUGACCCACUGCAGCAUUUAAGGAAGAGGGGAAUGUGUAUGAUUUAUCCGCCAGGGUUGCCUGAGAUUUCACCUUUUGUGCCUACAGUAAAUUUGCACAUCAGGGCACGUGUGGCUCUGACUAAAACUGCAACCUUCUAUCCUUAUAUUUAUCUGGGCAGACAUGACCAAAGAAGCUUGGAAGUGAAAUGAGGAUAAAAUGCUGCUUUUGGAAAAGGACAUUGAUAUUAGUCACUGACACUGAUGGUGGAAAUGAUACAGCCAAAAACAGAGGGAUUUGUUAACCCUGCUGUUGUAAGCAGUGGAAAAUGGUGGUGGGCAUCUUUUUAUAUACAUUUAUAGGCUACACCAAUCAGCCACAACAUUAAAACGACUUGCUGAAAAUUGAUUAGGUAUAUCUUGUGCUGUUAAAACUGCUCCAGACUGUCUGCAUGGACAUGGGACCACUGAAUUGUUUGCAGCAGAUUAUUUGGUGCUGUGGGUUGAGGACUGGUGCGUCUGUGUCAGUCUUUCUGGCAUAAACCACGAAUGCUCAUUCAGAUAAGGAUCUGGGGAAUUUGAAGGCUGAGUCUAUAUCCUGGAUUCUGCUGUAUUCCUUGAACUUUUCCUGAGCAGGUUUAUGUAUUAUGGCAGGACGCACAGUCUUGCUUUAGGGGCCUUAGGGGUAUGUUCGGUCUGCAUAAAUGUUUAAAAUUUAUAUUGUGGAAAAAUAAUCAAAUUUAUUCACCUUACUUGGUGGUUUAAAUGUUGUGGCUGAACGGUAUUUAUGAUCUAUUUAUUUUAUAUUUGUAUGAACACAGAAGCCAAACUCUGACUUUAAAAAAAAAAACAACAAAUUUUUUAACUUAGUUCUAUUUACAAAUUGAGCUGUUAAAUGAUGGCAGUGCCUGCUUUCUGUUGUGCCAGUUUAUUUGCUCCACUGAGCUCAUCUUAUGUUGCCUCCUUUUCUUUCUUUCUUUUUUUUUUUUUUUCUGAUUGAAUGUUUAAAAUGACACUUUGUGGUGGGUUUUUAAUUGCAUCAGUGUAAUAUUUGUAAGCCAAAGCAUCUGAUGGUUAACUGCCUUUCUUCUGGCAUUAAUGAUGGAAAUGGUCUGAUUUUGUGAACGGGUGCUUAAUGGUUCCAUUUAUUAUGAAAGGAUGUUAACUGGUGCUACGUCCAAAGGAACUACUGAAUUGUUCUUUUUCUUACUACUCUAAUCAGUUUUUUGUUGUUAUUUUGUUUUUUUUUGUUUGUCUGUUUUUUCCACUGGUUUUUUUUUUUUUUUUUUAAAUCUGAUUAUGUUGGAUAGAUCAUUAAUUGUGUGGCAAAUUUACAUCCAGUUAGAGUUGAAAUGACAAAGUGGAACAUUUUUUUUACAUGAAGACUGGUUCACAUGACACCAAAUGUUGGCUGUGAAAAUGGGGGAACUGUUUCUCUUUAUUUCCCAAAUCAGUCCCCCAUAUUGAGCUGUACCUCAACUAAGUGGCUUUUCUAGCGCCAUUCAUUUCGUAGAGAUCCAAACUGGAAUAUUUACAUCAAAAUGCACUAUUUACAUUUAUCUUGCCGAUUGCAACUUGUCUUUUCUACUGUUUGUUAAUAAAAGCUUUAGCAGAUA